AUGACUUGGGAUACUUGUUCGGAUCACUGUUAUUGUGUUGUUAAGAAGGUGAAGAUAGAGGUUGCUGGUAUAAAACCUUUUCGAUAUUUCAAUUAUUGGCAGGAACAUGAUCAGUACAAGUCAACGGUUCUUAAUUGUUGGGCUAGGCCUAUCAUUGGUAGAGGGCUGAAUGUCAUUAUGGGCAAGCUGAAUAGACUUAAACAUUGCUUGAAAAAGUUUAACAGGAGGGAGCUUGGGGUCAUACCCAUGGAGUUUCAACUUGCUAAAGAUCAAUUUAUUAUGGCUCAAAAUUACUCAGCAGCAAAUCCUACUGAUGGGAGUCUUAUUAUGGCUGAAAAAGAGGCUCAAAGGCACUUUGAAAUGGUCAACAAACGGCUCAAUCUGAAGCAACAACUUCAGCUUGUAAGACCUUUCUCGAGGAAAGAUGUUCGGGAUGCUUUGUUCAGCAUUCCUUCGGUUAAAAGUCUAGGCCCAGAUGGCUAUGGAGCAGGUUUUUUCAAAGGGCUUUGGUCUGAGAUUGGUAAUGAAAUAGCUGAUGCAAUCUUAGAUUUUUUCAAAGGGGGGCUAAUUCCGAAUGAGCUCAACAAAACGGUGAUUUCUUUGAUUCCAAAGAUUGAUUCUCCUUCCACGGCUAUUGACUAUAGGCCUAUUGCCUGUUGCAACACUUUGUACAAGUGUAUUUCGAAAAUGAUCUACUCCAGAUUAAGUGAGGUGCUGGCUUGCUUGGUUCAUGAUAAUCAGGGGGCUUUCAUCAAAAAUAGACUUCUAGCCCACAACAUCUUGAUCUUUCAGGAUUUGCUCAAAGGCUAUACGAGGAAGAAUAUUUCAGCUAGGUGCCUUAUAAAAGUGGAUUUGAGCAAGGCUUAUGAUACGGUUGAUUGGGAUUUUGUUGAAGACAUUCUUCAUGGAAAUGGUACCUCUUUGAAGCUUGUACUUGAGGCUUUUGAUGAGUUUGGUGCUGCCACAGGGUUAUCAGCCAAUGCUUCCAAAUCUUCAAUUUACUUUGGUGGAAUCAAAAAUGAAACAAAAUAUGAUUUGCUUAGACUUUCAAAGAUUGCCGAAGGGUCUUUCCCCUUGAAGUAUUUGGGAGUCAAUCUUCGUCCAACCAAAUGGAAAGCUUCGGAUUGUGAAGGAAUUCUUAGCAAGUUUCGAAAGAAUUUGCAUGGUUGGUCUUCUCGGCACCUGUCUUUUUCUGGACGGUGUCAACUCAUUCAUUCUAUUUUGCUGGGUAUCCGAAACUAUUGGAUGGGAAUGUUCAUUCUUCCUCAGAAAAUCACUACGCUUAUAGAUAAAAUGUGUCGAGAUUUUCUUUGGGGUUGUAAUGGGAAUAGAAGUAAACUUCACUUUUGUUCUUGGGAGCAUGUUUGCUUGCCAAAGGACCAUGGUGGUUUGGGCUUUCGAGAAGGAAAGAAGUGGAACAUUGCAAUGAUGUCUAAGUACAUUUGGGCUGUUUCAACUAAACAAGAUAGCUUGUGGGUUCGUUGGGUUAAUGCUACCUAUAUGAAGAAUGUGGACUUCUGGUUUGUAACUCCAAUUCCGGAUGCAAGUUGGUAUUUCAAAAAGAUGCUAAAGCUUAGAGGUUGCUGUUAG